AUGAUGAGAUCACAGCGCAUCCUACGGAAUAUCUGUUCUGCUAUUAUACCCAGCUUGCGACGAAACGUUAUUGAGCAUGCGCCUGCUGCUUCAAUCGCAACAUCGCUAUCACAACCAGUACGGUACGCUACAAGCUCAUCCUCGAAACGAUGGCUGGAGCGACAGAAAAACGAUCCUGCGAAUAAGCUGGCAGAGCUUAAGGGGCUAAGAAGUAGGGCUGGAAUUAAGCUAGAGGAGAUCAACGCGAAGUAUGAAAUAUUUAAGAGCGGACAGACAGUGGUUGAUUUAGGAUAUGCCCCGGGUUCUUGGACACAGGUCGCAGUAAGUAGGACUGCCCCAUAUGGCCGCGUUCUCGGUAUCGAUAUCAUUCCCGCCCUGCCUCCCAAGGGCGCCUCAACUAUGCAGGGCGAUUUCACCAGGCCGCGGAUUCAGGCAGAAAUGAAGAAGUUUCUUGCCAAUCCUCGACGCGGGCGACCAUUGAGACCACAAAUUACCACCGAAGAAGGUGCGGUGAAGGGCGAGGUGGAGGCAGCAAGCCAGACAUAUAUCGAGCAGGAACGGGCAAUGAUGAAAGAUGAAGAGGAAUGGGCUGCAAAAGCUGGAGAUACAGAAGACGGGAAGAACUCGGUGGAUGUGAUCUUGAGUGAUAUGUUAGAGCCCUUUCUCAUGGUAGAAGGAUUGUCCAAGAUGAGCUUAGCACGCCCUUAUAGGUUAAUGACAACAUCUGGAAACACUUUGAGGGAUCAAGUGGGGAGUAUUAGACUCUGCAAUUCGGCGCUUGCCUUCAGCAUUGAUGUCCUUAAACCAGGAGGGUCUUUUGUAUGCAAGUUUUACAUGAGCGGGGAUUCUGAGCUUUUGAAGAAAAAGUUUAGUCAAGUAUAUAGGUAUGUUGAAAUAAACAAACCAAAGUCUUCGAGAUCGGGCUCAAAGGAAGCUUAUUUGAUUGCGCGGAAAAAGAAGGCGAAGGUGAACAAGGAAGAAGUAAUGUUGAUGGAACCUACAGAUUAA